UCUGGAUUAAUGCUGAUAUUGUAAGAAUAUAAAUUAUUGAACAUCAUUGAUAAAUUUAAGGAGUUCAAUGAAGCAACUUCAAGAAGUGUAUGAUGAGAUAAAAGACAAAAAUGAAAUCGCUAUCGUACAAAAGUACGGAAGCAAAGCGAACCGUAUUACGAUUCAACUUAUAUCACUUGGAUUAUUCUCUCUAUCUGUUGUAACUUUGUCAGAAUUAGGGCCGUACAUUUAUCACAUUGUUACAAAUCAAUCUCUAUCAUUCCAUAUUGUGACAGAAUAUUUUAUUGAUCAAGAAAAAUAUUCCUAUUUAAUUAUGUUGCAUAUUGAGGCAGCAUAUUGGAUAGGAACAACAGCAAUAGUAGCAACAGGAACUACGCUCAUAACAUAUUUGCAACUUACUUGUGCAAUGUUUAGUAUCGCCUGUUAUCGUAUCGAGCAGGCAAUUAGAAUUUUACAAAAGGGUAACUUUGAAAAUGAGAGAAAGAGUUGUGAAGAGAUAAUUCGUGCAGUAAACAUUCAUUGCAAGGCUAUGAAGCUUUGCAAUUUUUUAAUAUCCAAUUUUGUGGGAUCGUUCUUUUUUUUGAUAGCAGCUGGUUUAGUUUGUCAGAGUUGUAAUCUUCUACAGAUUGUGUUACUUUAUGAUAACAUUGAACAACUAUUACAUUCUCUAAUUAUGAUAAUAAUUCAUUAUGUAUAUUUGUUUCUAUCCAAUUAUAUUGCACAAGAUAUUACGGAUCAUAAUGAAUAUGUAUUUGUUACUGUGUAUAAUGUUCAUUGGUACAGGGCUCCGAUACGUGUACAGAGAAUGAUACUUUUUCUAUUGCAAAAGGGCACUAAAAGUUUCAAUUUGGUUCUCGGUGGAAUAUUUGUAGCGUCCCUGAAAAGUGCGGCUUCGCUGAUGAGCACUUCCAUAUCAUACUUCACCGUUCUUUAUUCUACCCGACAAGAUUAAAAGUACG